AUGAUUGAUGCAGUCGUUGAACGAAUAUUGGAACGAAUUGGUGAUCGGCAGACGUCACCCUAUCAUUCAGCACCAACGCCGUCUGCAGUGGAAACAUUGAAAGUUGACAUCCGAAGAGAUCAAAAUGGUGGCCUCGGUCUUUCGAUUGCUGGCGGUCUCGAAUCAACUCCUUAUAAAAAUGACGAUUCGGGUUUAUUCGUCUCGAAACUAACGAAAGGAGGUCCGGCGCAAGCGGCCGGUCUAAGGGUCGGCGACAAAUUACUUCGUGUCAAUAACACGGACGUCAUAAAUGUUCGACAUCAGGUAGCAGUGGCAUCAAUGCAAGAUGCGAAAGAUGUCGUCGAACUAACCAUUCUCCGUGAACUUUCAAAUGCACAACCUGCAUCUACAAUAUCUCCAAAUCAAAGUCUCGAAAUGUCAUUCGUGCCCGAGACAAGAGGAGCUGAUUCGUCCUCGUUGACGAAGGAAACGAUCUCAACAACCAUUAAGCGAGAUCUGGAUGGAUCACCAGGCUUUUCAUUAGCAGGUGGGAAAGGCUCAUCGACGGGAGAUUCGAUUGUGAUAUCGUCGAUAACGCCUGGAGGGGCAGCUGACAGGGACGGGAAAUUACGUGUUGGUGAUCGCGUUCUUUCGAUAAAUGGUACAAAUAUGCGUGGUGCAAGACAUGAUCAGGCAGUGUCGUUACUGACAAGCUUUUCAACGAAUGAAAUAUACCUCAUUGUUCAACGAGAUCGUCCCAACACUCCAUCAGCCACAUCUGCGCCUUAUCAGAUCCCAUCACCUCUUUCUUUACGGAUAACUAAUACUGUUUUCAGAGAGCAAUCAGUGAUGAGGAGUCCACAACCACCGAUAUCGCCUCGUUCACCGCAACCAACAGUGGGUUUCGGUGAUCCGUCUUGGGAUGGCAAAACUGAGGAAGUGGAAUUGAUUCGUGAGAACUCUUCGCUGGGUUUAUCGAUCGUUGGGGGCAGUGAUCAUUCAUCUCAUCCGUUCGGAAUCAACGCACCCGGAGUGUUCAUCUCGAAGAUUACUCUGAAUUCACCUGCAGCUCGAUCAAAGAAACUUCGAAUUGGUGAUCGAAUUCUGUUCGUGAACGACGUCGAUGUGCGCAAUGCCAAACAUCAAACUGCUGUUGAGGUUUCAAUUGUUUUAUUUCAUUUUUCACUUCUCAUUUGUUUAUUCAUUCAGUGCUGUCUGCAU